AUGCGGGGCUGGAUGAUGUCUGACUACCGCGCCGUGCACCGCGGCCACGUAUUCCACGCUGUCAACCGCCUCCGACGACACAGCCCUGCAGCUGCAGGUGCCCCCUUUCCCCCCACUUCGCCUCUGCCCGUUCAUCGUAUUCCCAGCCGAGAGCUUUCUCUGCUCUUUGGUGAUUGGCGCGAGUUGAGCUGUGCGUUUAUCUUCUCUAUCGCCCUUGAUGGAAAAAUCAAGGCAUGGUUGUAUGAUUGCUUGGGCUCAAGAGUUGACUACGAUGCUCCUGGACAUUGGUGUACUACCAUGUCUUACAGUGCUGAUGCGACAAGACUAUUCUCUUGCGUUACCAGUAAAGGUGAUUCGCACUUGGUUGAAUGGAAUGAAACUGAAGGGGCUAUUAAGAGGACAUACAAUGGCUUCAGGAAACGUUCACUCGGUGUUGUUCAGUUUGACACAACUAGGAAUCGCUUGUUGGCUGCCGGAGAUGAAUUUCUUGUUAAAUUCUGGGAUAUGGAUAACAAUAACCCUCCAAUUGUUGCCCUUGGUCCUGUUUCAAAUGUCAGCAGUCCUAUAGCAGUAAAUGCCGAGCGACCUGAUCGGAUCUUGCCUGCAGUGUCAACAAGUGUCUUGGCACCUAUGGAUGCAAGCAGAACUCCAGAUGUUAAACCAAGAAUAACAGAUGAAUCCGAAAAGGUCAAAACCUGGAAAUUGGCUGACAUUGUUAAACCAAGAAUGACAUGGCAGAAAGACGAUGGCGAUGAUACAGAAUUACGGAUGCUCUAUGAAGAUGCUCAUAUCCAACCUUGCUACCUAGAAAAGAUCGAGCAUUCGUCAUGA